UUCACCUUCACCUGCUUAGCACACGAGCACCCACCACCCAUCACCCGGCCAUAGCGCUCAGCCCACUCUACUCUGCCAUAUCUCAGAUCAGCAUCCCUCACCACUCGCCCGCCCAAUCUAAUCUCAUGGCUUCACCAACAGCCAUCCCACACGCCCAGACUUCCUCCCACCGCCACCACAAUCAGCAGCACGCACCUCCUGCCUCCUCUCCCCCUCGCGUCGGCUUAGGUUUUGGCUCCUCUGCCACCAACAACAACAACCGCAACUCUCCACCACUCCUCUCACCCAUCUACGCAAGGACUGCAUUCUCCCUCCCUGGAGGUCCCGUGAGCCCUUCCAACAGCUUUAGGAACACUGCAAGUGGCGCCUGGACUACGGCGGGAGUUAAUGUUGGAGGAGCACUGAAGAGCCCUACAGCCAUUGCUAGCCAGCAGACUGCUCAGAAGGACUACUUUCCCGAACGCGACCCGACGGGAAUGCACCAUCGUUCUUCCUCCAUGUCCUCCACCACCUCCAGCGUAGACUCCAAUGGGCCUCCCACCCCUCGAACAGGCGAGGCACCUGGGUCCCUGGCAGGAGGCGCUCCACUCGGCAGGGUCCGCUCCAUCCCUCUCCCAAGCUCAUACGAAGCAAUCAAGGGUUCAAAGGAGGGCUGGAAUGGAUCACAAGGCUGGGCAGGUCUCUCUUCGUUCCGCUCGCAGAGCAACGCCGCUGCCGGUGCAUCCAACGGCGCCAGCGCCACCUCACCCCCGGCCGCAGGCGGAGGAGGGAUGGGCCAUCUUUUCCGACGUCUGAGCAUGAGUGGCAAUCCCGCCGCGCAGAACCCACACCGACGUGAGAACAACCACCACCAUCACCAAGCUGGACACGGCCACCGAAGUGCGAGCAUCAGCUAUGCCGGCAGCUCGAGCGUGACUGCUGGCCAUCCGCCUCUGGGGUCUGCAGCGCCCGUGAAGGAAUCGACGGCCGAGCUGGCAGGCGCCCCGGUAGCACCCGCUGCAGCUGCCGUACCCGAUGCUCCCGGAUCACUCGCCUCGCCCAGCACAGUUGGCACAACCUCGAGCCAGAAGGUCGCUAGAGGCAGACGCGGUGAGGCGGGAGCGAGUAUCAAGAGGAAGCCUAGCCCACAUGGGGAACGUCUCCUCAUGGGAUGGACUCACGCGCACUAGGCGGAUAGCGCCACGGUCGGCUUUUGUUGUCUCUUUUCAUUCUUCUCUGUGCUAUGCUCUCGCUUCCUCCACUCGAUCUAAGAAAGACUUGUACUUGUACUUGUACCCGCACCCGCUCUCGCUAUCGCUCUCGCUCUCGCUUUCAUGCAAGGGAGGAGGAUUCGCUUUCAGAGACUGCCGCUCCUCAUUUCCUCAUUUCCUCAUUUCCUCGCUUUCGUGUCUCUUUGCUCGAUUGGUCACUCGCUCAAAGUUGUGUUUCUUUCUUUGUUCCGCUAGUAGUCUCGGUCCUAGCUCUGCAUGCACUGCUUCCUUGCUCUUCCUGAUGGGUGGAUGGAUGGAUGGAUGGAUGGGUGGGUGGGUGGAUGCUGCAAAUCUCUGAAUUGACGUGAGGUGACUGGUCG